ACACAAUGAUACGUUCCCCCUGAAUAUUAACGAUGUCAUGAUAUAAAAUCCAUCAUCAUUUACUCUUAAUUACCUCACAUUUGCCUAUAAUACUAGAAACAUACAUUAUAUUUUUCUCAGGUUUUCGGAAUAUGUUCACAUUAUUCGUUUUCACAUUUUCACAUUUUUGAACAUACCAAGACAUGAAAAAGCAGGAAAUUCUUCAUGCACAAAACACAUUGUUCAUGGAACUAAAACAUCAAAAUGAUAUUCAUUUCGUCUAUUUUAAAUACUUAUUCGAGUGACAUAAAUGUGUGUAAAAAUCAAUCGUAAAACUCGAUAUCACAAUAAUUACAAAUUACUAACUUAAAGAUUUAUUGCCUUUUACGCAAUUUUGAUGAGCCUGUGUUCGGAUAUGCGGGUCAGCGAAAAUUUUGCUGAACACAUAACACAGAAUUGAAAAAACAAACACAAGAAAAAUAAAGAUGCCAUGGAGAAAGUCUCCUGAGUGCUGAAGAGCUACAAGAUCCCCGGCGAGAAAAUGCUUUAGACGUACAUUAUUAUCAUCAUCACGAUUUAAAAAGUGUAAUAAAAUCAUAUAAAAACAUAUGUUCAUUUGCACCCAGUCAAGGUAACUCCAUCUCAAGUUCACACAAAGGGAUUGGCGUCAAGUUAAAGGCCUUUAUUUUAAUUAUAACUCACGUACAUGUUUUUUUAAAGCGUCACUUAUUUUAAGGAAGGAGUAUCGAGAACAUGUGGAAGGUAUUUGCAGCAGUACUUUUGCUGGCAUAUGGAGCCACAUAUGCACAGAAUAAUGUAGAAUGGUGUGAAUGUGCUCUGUUCAGAGAAGAUGGCUUCUUGGAAAAUAUUGAACCUAACCUUCAGAACCUUACAGGGGGAUAUGUUAACCUUGGUAGUCGUUUAGAAUGCAAUAACGGGGAUUUAACGAUGUGUGAUCAAUACUGUCGACAACAGAUUAAGGGAGAGAUCAAUGGAAACUACACUUUCUAUACUCUUGUUAGAGAUGGAACAGAACACUCGAACGAAACAUACGGGGACCACAUGUGUGAACGUGUUGCAGAUAACGAUCCAACAGAAAUGCCCAUUGGUUUCCCAGGAUAUCCUGUGUUUGCAUUCUCCCGCAUGGCAGGCUGCAUCACAUUGGAUCCAACGUGGUACACAUUCGCAGACUCCCAGUUCGAUCCACCAAACAAUCUUUGUUGUAAUGCAGAUGCAACUUACGCUCCUUGUAAUUGAUAUGCAUUAAUAAAACCGGGUUGUUAGAAUGAUGUCGCUUUUUCUCACAUUUAUCCAAUGAAAACUUCUGUUUUGUUUUUGUCUGAGUUAGAUAUAGUGUUUGAAUCUUGU